CAAUAUUUCGAGGGUCCCCACAUUGACCCCUGCGGCGGGCCGCGAUUAGCUCCUCCACCGCUAUGUCAUUCACUGUUGCCUUCCACGGCGAGUAACCACACGCGUCGCAAACCCCUUCACCGCCGCUAUCGCCCUUGGAACGCCCCAGCAAAAUCCUCAAACAUGUCAGACCGCGACGGCGACUCUACCAUGCAAUCGUCCCCCGCCAAUAUUGCCUCGGACGAUGAAAUGUUCCCCGACGAAGCUCUUCCAAACAACCCAGCCACACCGCUCAACGCCAACCUCGCUGGCGUAAACGAAAUAUCACCACCAAACUCACAAUCCACAACUCGCGAGACUCUCGGCGUCAAUUCUAACGGAAAGCGACCACUGUCUGGCGGUAUGGCGCAAGCAGCGACGAGUAACGGUGCGGGUGGGAGUGGGACACAUCAGGAUGCUGAGACGGGUUACCAGUGGAGUAAGCAGGAGGAUCAGCCAGGCUAUGAGUGGAAGAAUACUAGGGCGAGGGAGGAGGAGGCUAGGGCGUUGGACAACAUUGUUGACAAGGGCUCUAUGAUUAGGUCGCGAUACGGUGACCCGCUUGAUGCUAGCAUACCCUCGAAGACGAAGCGCUGAAGGUGGCCCAUGAACAUGCUCAAGGAGCGCUGAAACAUACACACGAAGACUAUCGUCAGGACGGGGGUUGCGCAAAGCACAUGGUAUCAUGGUUGCAAGUUGCGCGUGACAUUCUGGGUAUCCGACGUUAUGAGCCGUACAGAGACGAGCAAU